AAUCACUGCUGGAAUGUUUAUCAUUUUUUACGAUAUAUACGAGUCCCUACAAAAAAAUUGCAGAAUAAUUUUUAUUCUGAUAAAAGUUUGUUAUUACCGAAUACGCUUAUUAAACGAUUAGUGCCUUAUUUGAGUGGGACAGUAUUAUCAGCAAUGAAAAAUGGGCAAUUGGCUGGAGAUUUUUUGUUUCGCAUUUUCAAUCUUGGCGACAUAUUUUCAAUCUUAUCUUUGGAAGGCAUUUUUAAAUUAAUCACCGAGCAUAAUUUUGAGUAUCCUAACUUUUACAAAAGUGUCUAUAGAAUUACCACUCCGUUUAUAUGUUAUUUAAGUUACCGUGAAAAAUUUUUAAAUCUACUGGAUACGUUUCUUUCUUCUACACAUUUGCCUGCGUAUAUUGUGGCAUCAUUUGUUAAAAAGUUAUCACGUUUGGCUCUCUAUGCUCCAUUUUCUUUUCAAGAACCCUUGCUAGCACUGAUCCAGAAUUUAUUGAUUCGUCAUGAUACUCUGCAUUUUCUUUUGCAUAGAGAUGAACCAGCCACUUUUGAAAUGGAUCCUUAUGAUAUGGAUAAUGUUUCGCUGAAAGAAAAUGGAGCGUUACUAUCUUCUUUGUGGGAAAUUAAGAUGCUACAAAAACAUUGGCUCUUCGAUAUUACAAAACGUACAAGUUUUGUUGACAAAGGUAUUUCAAGUAUGGAAUCAUUUUUACGAUGGAAAUCUUCUGAUAACUAUUUUGAUCAGAUUAUGCAAAAAAAGUUUGGAAAGGAUCUUGCAAAAAAUGGUUUAGAGAAUAAAUUUAUUAAUAAUCAGACUGGGCAUGACGAUAAUAAUGAUGAUGAAGGCGAUUUCUCAGAUGAACCUAAAAAUAAGCGACGGAAAAUGGCGUCAAACAAUCGUCAAUCGAAAAAUAAUUAUGAAGUGCCUAUUAAAGAAAAUGAACCUGAUAAAGAGUUUUUUUCUUUCUUAACAUGUAAAGUGGAUUUCUAG